CGCGGCGAGGCCCGGCGAGGCCCGGCGAGGCGGCAGCGAAGGGCCAUGCAGGACGCGGAGAACGUGGCGGCGCCAGAGGCGGCCGAGCAGCGGGUCGAGACCGGGCAGCAGCAGCCGACCGCCGAGCCGCCGCCGGCGGAGGAGCCGGCGCGGCCCGGCGCGCAGGAGGCGGCGGGCGGCGAGGACGAGGAGGCUGGGCCGGGGCCUGAUGUGCCGGCCGAGCCCGCGGCGGACGGGGAGGAGAAGGCCGGCGCCACCCACGGCGUGUCCCCGCCGCCGCCCGAGGAUCUCCCCAGCCCGGCCGCGGGCGAGGCCCCGGCGGAGCAAGCACGGGACGCUGCGUCCGAGACCGGGUCCGAGGGAUCGGGCGGGGAGCCGGGCGGCGCGGCGGAGAACGGCGGCGCGGACGAGCCCUCCUUCAGCGACCCCGAGGACUUCGUGGAGGACGUGAGCGAGGAAGAAUUACUGGGAGACGUACUCAAAGAUCGGCCACAGGAGGCAGAUGGAAUCGACCCUGUGAUUGUGGUCGACAGUGUUCCGCAAGUGGGGCCUGACCGCCUGGAGAAACUCAGAAACGUCAUCCAUAAGAUCUUUUCCAAGUUUGGGAAGAUCACAAAUGAUUUUUAUCCAGAGGAGGAUGGAAGGACGAAAGGGUAUAUUUUCCUGGAAUAUGCAUCCCCUGCGCACGCUUUGGAUGCUGUGAAAAAUGCCGACGGCUACAAGCUCGACAAGCAGCACACAUUCAGAGUCAACCUCUUCACCGAUUUUGACAAGUACAUGACUAUCAGCGAUGAGUGGGACGUUCCAGAGAAACAGCCUUUCAAAGACCUGGGAAACUUACGCUAUUGGCUCGAAGAGGCAGAAUGCAGAGAUCAGUACAGUGUGAUAUUCGAGAGCGGAGACCGCACUUCCAUAUUCUGGAAUGACGUCAAGGAUCCGGUCUCCAUUGAGGAGCGAGCGAGAUGGACAGAGACGUAUGUACGUUGGUCUCCUAAGGGCACCUACCUGGCGACCUUUCAUCAGCGAGGCAUUGCUCUUUGGGGGGGAGAGAAAUUCAAACAAAUUCAGAGAUUCAGCCACCAAGGGGUUCAGCUUAUUGAUUUCUCACCUUGUGAAAGGUACCUGGUGACCUUUAGCCCCCUGAUGGACACUCAGGAUGACCCUCAGGCCAUCAUCAUCUGGGACAUCCUUACCGGGCAGAAGAAGAGAGGUUUUCACUGCGAAAGCUCAGCCCAUUGGCCUAUUUUUAAGUGGAGCCAUGAUGGUAAAUUCUUUGCCAGAAUGACGCUCGAUACUCUCAGUAUCUAUGAAACUCCUUCUAUGGGUCUUUUGGACAAGAAGAGCUUGAAGAUCUCGGGCAUAAAAGACUUCUCCUGGUCUCCCGGUGGUAACAUAAUAGCCUUUUGGGUGCCUGAAGAUAAGGAUAUUCCAGCCAGGGUAACCCUGAUGCAACUUCCGACCAGACAAGAGAUCAGAGUUAGGAAUCUAUUUAAUGUUGUGGAUUGCAAGCUACAUUGGCAGAAAAAUGGAGAUUACUUGUGUGUGAAAGUAGAUAGGACUCCAAAAGGUACCCAGGGUGUUGUCACAAAUUUUGAAAUUUUCCGAAUGAGAGAAAAACAGGUGCCUGUCGAUGUGGUCGAAAUGAAAGAAACCAUCAUAGCCUUCGCCUGGGAGCCGAACGGGAGUAAGUUUGCUGUGCUGCAUGGGGAAGCUCCUCGGAUAUCGGUGUCUUUCUACCACGUGAAGAACAAUGGCAAGAUCGAGCUCAUCAAGAUGUUUGAUAAACAGCAGGCCAACACCAUCUUCUGGAGCCCCCAAGGACAGUUCGUCGUGUUGGCCGGUCUGCGCAGCAUGAACGGCGCCUUGGCCUUCGUCGACACUUCGGACUGUACGGUCAUGAACAUCGCGGAGCACUACAUGGCCUCCGACGUCGAGUGGGAUCCGACCGGGCGCUAUGUCGUCACCUCCGUGUCCUGGUGGAGCCACAAGGUGGACAACGCCUAUUGGCUGUGGACUUUCCAAGGCCGCCUUCUGCAGAAGAACAGCAAAGACCGCUUCUGCCAGCUGCUGUGGAGGCCUCGGCCCCCCACCCUCCUGAGCCAGGAUCAGGUCAAGCAAAUUAAAAAGGAUCUGAAGAAAUACUCCAAGAUCUUUGAACAGAAGGACCGUUUGAGCCAAUCCAAAGCCUCAAAGGAAUUAGUGGAGAGAAGACGAACCAUGAUGGAAGAUUUCCGAAAAUACCGGAAAAUGGCUCAAGAACUCUAUAUGGAGCAGAAAAACGCACGGCUAGAGUUGCGAGGAGGUGUGGACACCGACGAGCUGGACAGCAACGUGGACGACUGGGAGGAGGAGACCAUCGAGUUUUUUGUCACCGAAGAGAUUAUCCCUCUUGGAAACCAGGAGUGACCCGGGAGCGCUGCGGACAGCGAGUGGACGGUGUCCCCUUGUUGCAGCGUCACCGUGCGUUGAGCUGGAACCGAGGUCACCCUCUUGUAGAAAGCCUGCCCGCGCCUGACUUUUCGCCUGCGCUUCCUC